CCCGGGCAGCAGGGGGCGCUGUGAGAGCUCUAUGGUUUGCUGCCUCCCCCAUAGUCAGGGUGAGAGGGGGUCAGGGUGGAGCUGCAGAGAGGAAGAAAACACAGAGCCAGGAGUAACCCAUCACACAGCGAAUACCUAUUAUAUACAGUGCCAGCCACUGCAGGAGCCAGGCAGCAAGAUGGUAUUCUAUACUUGUGGGCCCAAUGAAGCUAUGGUUGUAUCAGGGUUCUGCCGCAGCCCUCCAGUAAUGAUCGCAGGAGGUCGGGUCUUUGUUCUGCCUUGUGUACAGAAGAUACAAAGGAUCUCCUUAAACACACUGACAUUGAAUGUUAAGAGUGAGAAGGUGUAUACCCGUCAUGGAGUCCCAAUUUCAGUUACUGGUAUCGCCCAGGUGAAGAUCCAGGGGCAGAAUAAAGAGAUGCUGGCAGCUGCUUGCCAAAUGUUCCUUGGUAAAAGUGAGAACGAGGUUGCUCAUAUUGCCCUGGAAACCUUGGAGGGCCAUCAGCGUGCCAUCAUGGCUCAUAUGACCGUGGAGGAGAUAUACAAGGACCGACAGAAGUUUUCUGAGCAAGUUUUCAAAGUGGCCUCAUCUGAUCUAGUUAACAUGGGAAUUAGUGUUGUCAGUUACACCCUGAAAGACAUUCACGAUGACCAGGGAUACCUGGUCUCUCUGGGUAAGGCACGGACGGCACAGGUACAGAAGGAUGCAAGGAUUGGGGAGGCUGUGGCCAAGAGAGAUGCUGGCAUCAAGGAAGCAGAGGCUCAACAGGCAAAGGUCUCGUCACAGUACGUCAAUGAGAUUGAGAUGGCGAAAGCUCAGAGAGAUUAUGAACUAAAGAAAGCUUCGUAUGAUUUGGAGGUGAAUGCCAGGAAGGCAGAAAGUGACCUGGCUUAUCAGCUGCAGGUGGCCAAGACCAAGCAGAAGAUUGAGGAGCAGAAAGUCCAGGUCCAGGUGGUGGAGAGGACACAGCAAAUCCAAUUGCAGGAUCAAGAAAUCCAGCGCAAGGAGAAGGAGCUGGAAGCCCGGAUUAAGAAGCCAGCUGAUGCUGAACGCUACCGACUGGAGAAAAUUGCUGAAGCUGAAAGAAUGAGGCUGAUCACUGAGGCCGAGGCAGAAGCUGAAUCGAUCAAGGUUAAGGGCGAAGCCCGUGCCUAUGCAGUUGAGAUCAAGGCUCGUGCCGAUGCUGAACAGAUGGCCAAAAAGGCCGAAGCUUUCCAGGAAUACCAGGACGCAGCCAUUGUGGAUAUGUUACUGGAGAAACUACCUGAGAUUGUUGAUGAGAUUAGUAAGCCCAUGACACAGGUGAAGAAGAUCAAGCUGAUCUCAAGUGGUGGGAGCGAGGUUGGUGCCUCCAAGAUUACCGGUGAAGUUCUGGAUAUUCUCAAUCGCCUUCCAGACACCGUGGAGAGGUUGACCGGUGUCAGCAUUAACCAGACCGGAUAUAAGAAGCCAGGACGCAUGUCGUAACUUCUGAUGGAAAAUUACCCAGCUGCCUCUUCUACCUGUAUUCUCCAGAACUGUUUGGAUUCAUGUUGGUGGCAGCUGCUUGUAUGAGAUUUUUGGCCUUUUGUACUCGGCCUACACUGAAAGAAAGAACGUAUGUCAGCCAUUUUAUAUAUGCUUUGGCCAUUGGCUUUUUUUUUUAUUUUGCAAGUGAACGUGGGGCAAUUUAAAAUGUCCUACCUACGCACUACAAUAUGUGUUCUUAAGUGACUGCACCGCCAACCAAAGGUCCAAUGCCACGUUUUCACUCUUCUUUUUAGUUAAUGUUUUAGAGACAGUUACAUUGCCUGUUAUUCCAUAAUGGACUUUUUCUACCAUUAUCCAAUUUCAGCCUUUUAUCUACAUGUUUUGUUUUUAUUAUUUACACAGGCCCUAGGCCUUCCUGUCCCAUAUUAUUCUGUAGCACUCAGGCCUUCAAAAUGAAUGUUGUUUAUCUAUCUCCUAUGAUAUAAACCCUUGAUUUAGCCUCUUAUUAACUCAAGAAAAAAGGUAGUGGAGUGCUCAACUGCUUGGUCCCUGUGUGUUUCAGUCCCAACAUGGCUAUUCUUGACCCUGCUUGCAGUGAAGGAGCAAGUGUGCCAGUCCCAAGAUGGCCGCUUAAUGUUUUCAUAUGUAUCUCUCUGUGUUUGUGAUUACGUGUUGAAUCAUGCACUGUCUCUCCCACAUAUCCUUUCAUCAGAAAAUAUUAACUGUGAACUUGUGCCUGUAGCUCAAUCCAGUGAAUGCCUUAUACUUGGAGAUAUUGUUAUGGUUAAUAAAUGUGUUCCACAAUUAA